AUGAAUACCCAACCAGUCAUUUUGACGCGGAAAAGGUCCAAGGGUAAAGGUGGAUUAUCAUCUUCCUCUAACGAAAAGAGUUUCAAGUGGACAGCGGCUAGGAAAAUGGACGUGGCUCAUUAUGUGGUAGAAAAUUAUGAAAAUUACAAGGUGUCUAAAAAGAUGGAUUUUCUUCGAAGAAUGAGAGAAAAAUUAAGGUUUAAUCAAUGUGACGAUACCCAACUUAAAAAUGGAUUCGACCGUUUUAUGAAAGCAUAUACUGAUGUCAAGGACAAACUGCAGCAAUCUGGAUUUGGAGUCGACCCAGAGAAAGAUGAAACUCUAAAUGAUGGUUGGAUUCUCAAGAAAUGUCCAUACUUCCACAUUCUAGACGAAAUAAUGGGAUCGCGACCGAAUAUUCAACCUCCACACAUUGAACAGUCAUCUGCAUUUGGAGAAAUUGGUGGCUCUGAAAUUGUGGAUGAAGAUUUAUUUGACCCAAUGUCCCUACCGAUGUCGCGACCGGUUGAUUUCGUUAUUGAUAUGGAGUCGGGUGAAGACAAUCCAUCUGAUAUCAACGUUGACCUAACGGCUACUGAAGGAGAAAAUUCAAUUGAACCUGGGGAGCCUGCAGAUGGUGACUCAGAAGUGAAACGUCUUGUGAAGUCAACCCUUUCAGGGCUUGGUGUCAAGAAGGCGCAAAAGCCAAAAACAGCCGUGGGAGUUUUUUCAAGUAUCAUGGAGUUACGACUACAAGACCAGAAGGAAGUUGAAGUGAAACAUAUCAAGUUGGAAGAGGAAAAAUUUAAUUACACAAGGCUCCUCGAUGAUAAAAAGUUGGACUUAGAUCGUGAGAGGGCUGAACGAGAGUUGACGCUGCAGGAAAAAAGGCAUGAGCUGGAUCGAGAAAUGAAAUUAAAGGAAUUACAACUAGUUGAGGAUCAACAUAAGCACGAGCUCCUAAAAAUUGAGAAGCAAGGCGAAAUCGAUAUUCGUAAAUUAGAAAUGCAAAUAGAACUGCAGAAGCUCAAAAAUCAGUCUCAAUAA